GGUACUUCUACAAAUAUAGAUUUCGUUUCCAGCGAAUAGCUUCACCACGCAACAUACAUGCAAAUCCCUUCCCUUACCCCCCCACCACCCCCACGUCACACCAACUGGACGAUCCCGGAUUCAUACCUCAUUUAAACAUCCCCGAAUCUAUCUAUCCGCCUAGUCCAAUGCAGAGGAUCCUCGUCCGGCGGCUCUCGACUGGCAUCCAUUAAGCCUCUUUGUCUUGGAACGGCAGCUAAUGUUGGCGCAGGGAAGGUGUUCAAAGAAUAAGGAAAAAAGAGGUCUUGGAAGGACUGAAGAUUCGGUCGAAGCGAGGGACCGGGGUACGGUUUUAAUUUCGUGGAUCUUGCCCUUCUUUUUUGUUUCUUUGCUUUUUCUGGUCUUAAACUUUAACGGUUGAAC